UGCGCGCUGGAGCAGACCGCGAGCGAGAGCGCCCCGAGCAGUGCCCGAGCUCGCCGCUCCUCCGCAGGAAGGACCUGGACAGAAGGACGUCCGUAGCCCUCUCGGCACCGCUGUCCUCGCCUCCCUGCCACUGGCCCCCGCACCAGCGGCCCCGACCCAGCCUCGCAGUGUCUGUGCGCUGCGCACCGGUGUGUUGGCGUCUUUGCUUCGGUGCUUGCCUGGAUUCCUGCGCGCCACAAUGAGGUUCUUCGAGGCCAGUGCACUUGUCGCCUUCAUCGUCGUCUUCAUCGUCCACUUGGGCAAGGCGGCGCGCGCCACCUGCCCCGACGCCUGCCACUGCCCCCUGGAGGCGCCCAAGUGCGCCCCGGGAGUCGGGCUGGUCUGGGACGGCUGCGGCUGCUGUAAGGUCUGCGCCAAGCAGCUCAAUGAGGACUGCAGCAAAACGCAGCCCUGCGACCACACCAAGGGGCUGGAAUGCAAUUUCGGCGCCAGCUCCACCGCUCUGAAGGGGAUCUGCAGAGCUCAGUCAGAAGGUAGACCCUGUGAAUAUAACUCCAGAAUCUACCAGAACGGGGAAAGUUUCCAGCCCAACUGUAAACAUCAGUGCACAUGUAUUGAUGGUGCCGUGGGAUGCAUUCCUCUGUGUCCCCAAGAACUUUCUCUCCCCAACCUGGGCUGUCCCAACCCUCGACUGGUCAAAGUUACUGGACAGUGCUGUGAGAAGUGGGUCUGUGAUGAGGAUCAUGCCAAGGACCCCAUGGAGGACAGCGAUGAUUUCCUGGGCAAGGGGCCCACAUUCGAUGCCUCGGAGGUGGAGUUAACGAGGAACAAUGAAUUAAUUGCAUUUGGAGAAGGUGGCUCCCUGAAGCAGCUCCCUGUGUUUGGAAUGGAGCCUCGCAUCCUAUACAACCCUUCUUUACAUGGCCAGAAAUGUAUCGUUCAAACAACUUCAUGGUCCCAGUGCUCUAAGACCUGUGGAACUGGUAUCUCUACACGAGUCACCAAUGACAACCCUGAAUGCCGCCUGGUGAAGGAAACACGAAUUUGUGAAGUGCGGCCUUGUGGACAGCCAAUGUACAGCAGCCUAAAAAAAGGCAAGAAAUGCAGCAAGACCAAGAAAUCUCCCGAGCCAGUCAAGUUUACUUACGCUGGAUGUUCAAGUGUGAAGAAAUACCGGCCCAAGUAUUGCGGCUCCUGCGUGGAUGGCCGAUGCUGCACGCCCCAGCAGACCAGGACUGUGAAGAUGCGCUUCCGCUGUGAAGAUGGGGAGAUGUUUUCCAAGAACGUCAUGAUGAUCCAGUCCUGCAAGUGCAAUUACAACUGCCCGCAUGCCAGCGAGGCUGCGUUUCCCUUCUACCGGCUGUUCAAUGAUAUUCACAAAUUUAGGGACUAAAUGCCACCUGGGUUUCCAGCACGAGGGUGGACAAAUGGGGGAGAGUGCCAGAAUCAUGGAGACAUGGGUGGGGGAGGUGGGGGUGAAGGGACUCAUUGUAGAAGGGAUGUAUUGCUCAUUCUUGAGUAGUGUUAAGGUAUUUCGAAACUGCCAGGUAUGCUGGUGUGGAUGAACACUAAUGCAGCCGCAAUUGGAAAAUACUUUGCUUCAUAAUAUUGGAGCACAUGUUACUGCUUCAUUUUGGAGCGUGUGGUGUUUGUUGAUGAUGUUCUGUUUUCUGUUUGUAAAUUAUUUAGUAAGCGUGUUUUCCUGUAGGCUUUAUUCCUUUCAGUUCUGAAACUGUAAAAGAUAAUAAGAUUAUUUGGACAGUUAAAGCCUUCAUCCUUUGACAGAAAUAAGUGGGAGGGGGCUGCAUCCCCUCCUGAAGGGGACACUCUGUGAGUGUCCAUGAGAGGCAGCUAUCUGCACUCUAAACUGCAAACAGAAAUCAGGUGUUUUUAAGACUGAAUGUUUUUAUUUAUCAAGAUGUAGCUUUUGGGGAGGGUGGGGAAAUGUAAUACUGGAAUAAUUUGUAAAUGACUUUAAUUUUAUAUUCAGUGAAAAGAAUUUAUUUAUGGAAUUAAUCAUUUAAUAAA